AAAAUUACGCGUUUGCGUAGAGCUUGAAGCUUCGGUCUGGCCAGUGAUUUGUACAGUCCGACACCAUGCAACGAGCUAUGCAACCGACCGUAGUCCUCCUCAAGGAGGGCACGGAUACCUCACAGGGCAAGCCCCAGCUCCUCUCGAAUAUCUCCGCAUGCCUCGCCAUCGCCGAGACACUGACGCUCGUAGACAUCGCGCGUGCGCAAGACGCUGAGGUUGGCGAUGGGACGACCAGCGUGGUACUGCUGGCAGCGCAGAUGUUGAAGGAAGUACGGGGGUACAUCGAGGAGGGUGUAAGCCCCCAGAUCAUCAUGAAGGGAUUCCGUCAGGCGAGUCAAUUGGCGCUGGAUCGCAUAAAAGCCAUUCAGGUCACGAUUGAUAAGGGGGAGCCAGAAAGUUUCCGUUCCCUUCUCCUAAAAUGCGCAUCGACCGCAAUGUCUUCAAAACUUAUCCACUCAGAAAAGCCCUUCUUCUCCAAAAUGGUCGUUGACGCUGUACAAUGUCUCGAUCAGGAGGACCUCAACGAGUCUCUCAUCGGCGUGAAGAAGAUUCCCGGUGGCGGCAUGCAGGACUCGCUUCUCAUCAGUGGUGUCGCAUUCAAGAAGACGUUCACGUAUGCGGGUGCUGAGCAGCAGCCAAAAUCUUUCCAUAAUCCUCUGAUCGUCUGCCUGAAUGUCGAGCUCGAGCUCAAGGCGGAAAAGGACAAUGCGGAGGUCCGUGUUGAGGCUGUCUCCGAUUACCAGGCGAUCGUGGACGCGGAGUGGGAGAUCAUCUACAGGAAACUGGAGGCUAUCGAGAAGACUGGCGCUAAGGUCGUGCUGAGCAAGCUUCCCAUCGGCGACUUGGCGACUCAAUGGUUUGCGGACCGCGAAAUCUUUUGCGCUGGUCGUGUUCCCGCUGGCGACCUGCAGAGAGUUGUGCAAGCCGUCGGCGGCUCUGUCCAAUCCACCUGCACGGAUAUUAGGCGUGAGCAUCUCGGCACAUGCGGACGCUUCGAGGAGCGUCAGAUCGGAGGCGAGAGGUACAAUGUCUUCGAAGAAUGUCCGAAGGCGAAGACUUGUACCUUGAUUUUGCGCGGCGGUGCGGAGCAGUUCAUCGAAGAGGUCGAGCGCAGUCUGCACGAUGCCAUCAUGGUGGUCAAACGCGCCGUCAAGAAUGGCGACGUCGUCGCUGGCGGAGGCGCCAUCGAGAUGGAUCUCUCCGCCCACAUCCGCAAACACGCUCUAUCGAUCCCUGGCAAGCUUCAGCUCGUAAUGAUCGCCUUUGCCAAGGCGCUUGAAAUUAUUCCUCGGCAAAUUUGCGAUAAUGCUGGUCUCGACUCCACGGACGUCCUGAACAAGCUGCGCAUGAAGCAUGCGAAUGGCGAGAAGUGGCAUGGUGUUGACGUCGACGGCCCUGAAGGCGUGCGGGACAACAUGGAGGCUUUCGUCUGGGAGCCCAGUUUGGUCAAGGUCAACGCAAUCAGCAGCGCCACGGAGGCAGCGUGCCUGAUUCUUAGCAUUGACGAGACGGUUCGCGGGCCACAAAGCGAAGCUCCGGGCACGGGUCCGAGAGCACCUCCUGGGACGGCUCAGCGCGCGUUGCGGGGCCGGGGUCGGGGGAUGCCUCGGCGGUGAAAGACUAGAGUUGCACGAAUAGUAUUGUAUCAAUAGUGCUUCCGAGAGCAUUAGUUCUGACCUAUUGCAGUGUUCAUGAGUGAUCA